CCGUUGAGUGGAACCAGCCCGCUUUUGCAUUAUGCAGGGCAAAAGGCGAACUGCGGAUUUUGCAUGCCGCGGUCGCUGUUCGCCUGUUCGCCGCCCCAGAACGACGUCAAUUGUGACGAUGGAUGGAUCCAACACGACAAGGCUGGCAGCCAGCUACCCUUCAGCCCUACCGGUGUUGGAGCGCGAGCCCCUGCCUCUGACCGUCUUCUGUCAAGCCAGUCGACCUUCUACGGCGGUGCAGGUACCCGAUGCCAUGCCUUUUCGACGCUGCCUCUGCCUAUGAUACACACGCUGUGUGCUGUCAGGAGAAGGAGACCGUUGCGGUACUUGCUCAACCCAGCACGUCCCAUUGCUUCAUCAAAGGUCGAUGAGGGAGCAAUAUCUCGAUGCGAGCACUUGCAAUAUCACGUCAAGCGGUUUGGAUUCGAUAUUUUAAUCUCCCAUUGCAGUAACAUUCGACGUCCCAUCUUUCCAUCUAGAACGCGCACACGACCCGGAUCCAUCCUUUCGGUUCAUUAUCAAUAA